UACAGGAAAUAAGAGAAUCAGGAAGUAAAAAGCUUUCCAGAUUUGUUGUGUUGCCGAAUAACCACGAAACGGUCAAAGUUUAAGUCGGUUAGAGACCAGAUACACGCAUUGUUAAAGCUGCCGGCCAAGUUUAAGGACCAGCGGAGGAGGCCAUGAAUCGAGUCACUCUGCAACAGCAGAGCUGUGGGUCCUGGGAGUUGAAGGAGCGUCUGGGCACCGGAGGCUUUGGGAAUGUCACACGAUGGCAAAACAAGGACACAGAGGAGCAGAUCUCCAUAAAGCAGUGCCGUCAGGAGCUGAGCGAGAGAAACAAAGAGAGAUGGGUACUGGAGAUCCAGAUCAUGAAGAGGUUGGAUCACAUUAAUGUUGUCGCAGCCAGAGAGGUUCCUGAGGGAAUGCAGGAAAUGAUAACCACCAAUGACCUGCCGCUGCUGGCGAUGGAGUACUGUCAGGGAGGAGAUCUGAGAAAGCAUCUGAACCUCUUAGAGAACUGCUGUGGAAUGAGAGAGGGCUCCGUUUUGAUCCUGUUACGGGAUAUUUCCUCGGCUCUCACCUACCUCCAUAAGAAGAGGAUUAUCCACAGAGAUUUGAAACCAGAAAACAUUGUGCUGCAGCACGGAGAAAAGAGAUUGAUCCACAAGAUCAUAGAUCUUGGCUAUGCCAAAGAGCUGGACCAGAGCAGCCUUUGCACCUCCUUUGUGGGAACGCUUCAGUACUUGGCUCCAGAGCUCAUUGAGAGAGAGAAGUACACGGUCACUGUGGACUACUGGAGCUUCGGGACUUUGGUGUUUGAGUGUAUUACAGGAUUUCGCCCUUUCUUACCAACCUGGCAGCCCAUUCCUUGGCACAACAAACUGAGGACGAAGCAGAAGGAUGAUAUUGUGGUCUAUGAGGACUUAACAGGGGAAGUCCACUUCUCUAAACAUCUCCCUCAGCCAAACGACCUCAACAGUUUGUUAUCAGAGAGGCUGGAGAGGUGGCUCCAGCUGAUGUUAAAGUGGUGUCCUCAGGAGAGAGGCAAAGACCCCAACGCCACACCCUCAGACUGCUUCUCCCAGCUGGAGGUCAUUCUGCAACUCAAGCUGGUCCAUGUCCUGAACAUGAUCUCGGCUAAAAUUUUGACGUACUCCGUCUCAGAAGAAGAGACCGUGGCAGACCUACAGCUGAGAAUAGAGAAGGACUCCAACAUCCCUGCGACUAAUCAGGAGUUGCUGCUGGAGGCGGGUUUAGCCCUUGAGCCUCACGGACUGGCCACACAGUGUGCCGUUGAUUACACGGAGAUAGACGGGCGAAGGACAGACUCUCCUCUGGUCUUCCUGUUUGAUCGUUCCUCUUGCAGCUAUGAACCGCAGUUUGCUCCGCGCACCCUCCCAGAAAACAUCCGCUUCAUCCAAACCUGCCAUAAACCAAUUCUGGCCUACAGCCCUCUGAGGAGGACCUGCGGCCAGGCGUGGCACACCAUCCGCUCCCUGAAGGACGACUGGCAGAGGCUGCAGCAGGGCCAGAAGGCCGCUAUCAUGAGCCUCCUGAGGUACAACUCCUCACUGUCCAAACAGAAGAAUGAGAUGGUGUCCAUGCACCAGAGACUCAUGGCCAAGCUGGACUUCUUCACCACCAGCCUUCACAUCGACGUGGACAAAUACCAGGAGCAGACAGCCACCGGGAUCGCGUCAGAGAAACUCAUGGGCGUGUGGAGGGAGAUGGAGCAGACUGCUGUCAGCUGUGGUCAGGCCAAGGUGAGCGAGCUGGAGGAGGAGAUGAUGCAGCUGCAGCCCGACAUAGUGGAUGUGCAGCGGCAGCCGUGGAGGAGUGGAGAGGCUCUGGACACACUUGAAGGAAAAGCCAUGGAGCUGUUCCGCAAACUCCGAGAGAAACCCAGAGACCAGAGGCUCCCAGGGGACAGUCAGGAGGUGGUGCGCCUGGUGCUUCAGGCCGUGCAGUUCUACGAGAGGAAACUCCGAGACUUCUACACACACCUCAGUAAGACCGCGGUGUGUCGUCAGCGCGUGAUGGAGCUGCUGCCGAAGGUGGAGGGCAUGGUGCAAAGCAUGGUUGAGAGCGAGCAGGUCCUGAUGAGUCUGCAGGAGAGACGACAGAGGGAGCUUUGGAACCUGCUCAAAGUGGCCUGUAGUAAGGUUCGCAGUCCGGUAAGUGGGAGUCCGGAUGGAUUACCAACCCCCUCUUCGGUGCCGCCUCUGCUGACCCCAAGACACAGCUUGCAGCAAUUUGACGAGUCUCUGGUGGAGGAGAGCAGGACCUUCGAGGGUCGGCUCCAGAGCCUGCUGCACGACACCAUCCAGGAUUCACAGAGCAGUAUGGAGGUGUUGAGGGAGUGGACGUGGCUGCACAGCAGUCAGAACUUCUCCAGCGACCUCUCCUGAGUUGGGGUUCUUUGCUUACAUGUGGUACUCUACUGCCCCUGUCUGGAUGGGAUGUCAGACUACAGCUGUAGAUGCUGGCAUAUAUUUGCUUAAUGUGAUUAAGAAGUUUGUAAACCCACUCAGGACUCUGAACUUGUAGAAGCAGAAAAUGAACAGCGAGUGGUUUGUGUCAUGGAUUAGCAUCAGGGGGAUUCAUUUAAACUGGAUCUUAUACAUUUUAACAAAAUAUGAAAUAUGUUUUGUACAGUUGCCCUUCUUAUUGCACAGAGGAACCAGAUGAAAUAUUUCAUAGAAUCCCAGUCCCAUCCCACCAAUGCACACUCCUGCAGUGUGCCAGUAUGCUCCUUAGAACAGAUGGAGAACUGCUUUAAUUCUCAAAUUUAAGUCAAUGUAAAUACAUAUUGUUACCAAAAUA